GGUCUGCGCGUCUCGCUCUUUCGCUCCGUGUGUGUGUGUGCGCGCGCGCGUCCGCCCCGUCUUGCCGCGAAUUGCUGCAGUGCCGCUUUUCCAGGUGUGUGUGUGUGUGUGUAUGUGUGUAUGUGUGUGUGUGUGAGCGUGUGUGUGAGUGAAUGCGUGUGUGUGUGAGUGUGUGAACGUGUGUUGUAGCCCGGUGUGAUUCUCCUCCGACUUGUGCCGAGCCGCGGAACGGGAGUCUCAUGUCACAUGUGCCUCAUCGGAGGAGACGGAGCGUCUGCGAGCGGGAUUCUGUGGAGGAUGCUGCGGCAAGUGAUACACAGAGGGCUCAAGGCUUCGUUCUACUGGCUGGGCUUAUUCGUUAGCAGGCACCCCGUCUUCUUCCUCACCGUGCCCGCCGUGCUCACCAUCAUCUUCGGAUCUACCGUGCUGAGCCGCUUCAAGCCGGAGACGGACCUGGAGGUGCUGGUCGCCCCGACGCACAGCCUGGCCAAGAUCGAGCGGAGUCUCGCCAACAGCCUGUUCUCCAUCGACCAGUCCAAGCACAAGCUGUACUCGGAUCUGCACACGCCGGGCAGAUAUGGCAGGCUGAUCCUGCUGGCCAGGUCCGGGGGGAACAUCCUGGAGCUGGCCGACCAGGUCCUGCAGGUGCACAAGCAGGUGCUGGAUCUGCGCGUCAAUUACAAGGGGUUCAAUUACACCUUCGCGCACCUCUGCGUGCUGAGCCACCGGGACAAGCGCUGCCUGCUGGAUGAUAUCAUCACCAUCUUCGAGGACAUCAGGCAGGCGGUGCUCUCCAACAGCACCUUCCACAAGGUGCCCGUGAGCUACCCCAACACCACGCUAAAGGAUGGCCGGGUGUCCUUCAUCGGGCACCAGCUCGGCGGCGUGUCUCCGCCCAACAGCCGCGACCAGCAGGUCAAGUUCGCCCGCGCCGUCCAGAUCACCUACUACCUCCGUAACCACGGACCCGUGGUGCAGGACGCCAUCGCCGAGCGCUGGGAGAACGAGUUCUGCGCCCUGGUCAGCCGGCUGUCCACGGCCGAGGCGCCCCACGCCUCCGACCAGCUCCACAUCCAGUCGCUCACCUCCUUCAGCCUGUGGCGGGACUUCCACCAGACGGGCGUGCUGGCCAAGGGCGAGGUGCUGGUCAGCCUGGUGCUGGUGCUCCUGGCCGCCACCAUCUCCAGCUCCAUGCGGGACUGCCUGAGGGGGAAGCCCUUCCUGGGACUGCUGGGCGUGCUGACCAUCUGCAUCGCCAACGUGACGGCCGCCGGGAUCUUCUUCAUAUCGGACGGAAAAUUCAACUCCACGCUGCUGGGGAUCCCGUUCUUCGCUAUGGGCCAUGGAACCAAAGGAGUGUUCGAGCUGCUGGCAGGCUGGAGAAGAACGAGGGAAAACCUGCCGUUCAAGGAACGCGUGGCAGACGCCUUUGCAGAUGUGAUGGUGUGCUACACCAUGACCAGCUCGCUCUACAUCAUAACGUUUGGUAUGGGCGCCAGCCCCUUUACCAACAUCGAGUCGGUUAAGAUCUUCUGCCAGAGCAUGUGCGUAGCCAUCCUGGUCAACUACUUCUACGUUUUCUCCUUCUACGGCUCCUGUCUGGUGUUCGCCGGACAGCUGGAACAGAACCGCUACCACAGUGUUUUCUGCUGUAAAAUCCCCUCGGUGGAGUACCUGGACCGCCAGCCCACGUGGUUCAAAACCAUGAUGAGCGACGGACACGAUCUGUCCACGCACCACGACAGCGUCCCGUACCAGAAUCACUUCAUUCAGCACUUCCUGCGAGAGCACUACACAGAGUGGAUUACCAACACCUACGUCAAACCCUUCGUGGUCAUUCUGUAUCUGAUCUACGCAUCUUUCUCGUUCAUGGGAUGUUUACAAAUCAGUGACGGAUCGAACAUUGUGAACUUGCUGGCGAGUAACUCUCCCAGUGUUUCCUACGCCCUGACCCAGCAGAAGUACUUCAGUAACUACAGUCCUGUGAUCGGGUUUUAUAUUUACGAGCCCAUCGAAUACUGGAACUCCACGGUGCAGGAGCACCUGAAGACUCUGAGUCACGGCUUCAACAAAAUCUCCUGGAUGGACAAUUUUUUCCACUACCUGCGGGUGGUGAACGUGAGCGCCUCGACGAAGAGCGACUUCAUCAGCAUCCUGAAGGGUUCCUUCCUGCGGAGCCCGGAGUACCAGCACUUCACCGAGGACAUCAUCUUCUCCAAGAACCGUGAGACCGAUGAGUACGACAUCAUCGCGUCCAGGAUGUACUUGGUAGCACGGACCACGGAGAAGAAGCGCGAGGAGGUGGUGGAGCUUUUAGAAAAGCUCCGCCCCUUGAUGCUGAUCAACAGCAUCAAAUUCAUUGCCUUCAAUCCCACGUUUGUGUUCAUGGACCGCUACAGCUCCUCCGUCAUCUCGCCCAUCCUGACCUCAGGCUUCAGCGUACUCACCAUCCUCAUCCUCACCUUCUUCCUGGUCAUCAACCCCUUGGGGAACUUCUGGCUCAUCCUCACGGUGACGUCCGUGGAGCUGGGCGUCCUGGGUUUGAUGACCCUCUGGAAUGUCGGCAUGGACAGCAUCUCAAUCCUGUGCCUUAUUUAUACCCUCAACUUCGCCAUGGAUCACUGUGCACCACACCUGUACACUUUUGUGCUGGCCACUGAGCACACCAGGACGCAGUGCAUCAAGUUGGCACUGGAGGAGCACGGGGCGGCCAUCCUGCAGAACACGUCCUGCUUUGUGAUCGGCAUCAUGCCCCUGGUGUUUGUGCCUUCCAAUCUGACCUACACACUGUUCAAGUGCUCCCUCCUCACGGCGGGCUGCACCGUGCUGCACUGCUUCGUCAUCCUUCCCGUCUUCCUGACCUUCUUCCCGCCGUCCAAAAAGAGACACAAGAAAAAGAAGCGGGCCAAGCGGAAAGAGCGGGAGAGGGAGCGGGAGCGCGAACGUGAACGGGAACGGGAGAGGGAGGAGAUAGAGUGCAUCGAAGUCAGGGAGAAUCCCGAUCAUGUGACGAAUGUCUGAGU